AUGCCAGUACUUCCAUUCGUGACGCUGGACGUCUUCACCCAAGAACGAUACAAAGGCAACCCUCUCGGUUUAGUCCAAGUGCCUGUCGGCAAAGCCAUCACAGAUGAACAAAUGCAAACCAUCGCCCGGGAAUUCAACCUCUCAGAAACAAUCUUCAUACGCCAACGACAGGACGGCACAGAUGGAGUCUCGGAGUGGCGUGUCCGAAUCUUCUUGACCAACGCUGAAGUCCCCUUCGCAGGUCAUCCCACGAUUGGUGCAGUCGUAUAUGCCCUUGGCACACUUGCAGGUGGAGCGAGUCGAGGACGUCUGCUGGCGAAUGCAGGACCUAUCGAGGUGGACUUUGCGAAUGGUGUGGCGACGGCGAGCAUUCCGCAUAAUGUGCACAUUCAUACGCAGUAUCGUUUCACUGUUGACCAGGUCCAUGGGCUCCAGCCGGCUCUGAAAGGACCGUUGAGGUCUGAAGAUGCUAUUGCUGUGGUGAGUCCGGUGAAGGGGAUGAACUUCGUGACCGUCGAGCUACCAGAUCUCGAAAGCCUGGCAAAGGUGACAUCCUCCGCGAAACCAGCACCCAAGCUCGACGAAGCCGAUGGCUGGAACGUCGGCUUUUCGGGCUCCUACUUCUACGUCGUCGCCGAGCCAGGUUUAGACACAAGCCACGUGAAGCUCCAAGCACGCAUGAUAGAAGGCUCGUUCGAAGACCCAGCAACCGGCUCAGCAGCAUGUGCUCUCGCCUGCUACCUCGCCUUGAAACGCGCACAGCACAGAACAAUCACCUUCGAGAUCACUCAAGGCCUAGAGAUGGGCCGCAAGUCCGAAAUUGGAGUCACAGUCACUCUCAUGGAGAAUCUCAAAUCUGUUGAGAAAGUGGAACUUUCCGGUUCUGCUGUCAAGGUCAUGGAGGGACAGAUCGAAGUUUGA